AUGGUUUCCUAUCAAGAAUUACUUCCUGCAGCAUCUCUUAUGAUGAUCGCAUCAUGUUCCGUAAUUUUAGGUAUAUGUUUCUCUAAUUGGCCAUAUGACUAUUACACUCUUUGGAAUGCCAGCUACGGAGAGGACGGUUUUACAAAAGCAUUGAUUCAUUAUCAGAUUUUGGCAAACCAACCAGAUAUUAUCAAUUAUUCCAUGAUAGCAAUUAUGAGUGUUGCCUUUAUCGGUUCUUUCAUCAAGAUUUUCAAGCCUUCCGAGGAUACUAAGUAUUUCGAGUACGGAUCAUUGGUUGCACUUGUUGCUGCCGUUUGUAUUUAUAUUACAAAUAUUAGAACUGGUGAGCUCUCUGCUGUUGCGGGUCAAUGGGGAGAUGUUGAUCAAAACACAGGUCUUAGUGUUAUUGCCGCCUCUGAGGUCAUGAUCGUCUUCUUCCUUCUUGGUGUUGUCGUCUUGCAAUCCGGUUUGUUCUAUGCUGAGUAUUCUGACUAUAAGGCUAAGGCUAACUUUUAUCUUAAUGAGUUGAAUAGCAAACUUGACGACCCUAAACCAACAAAAUCUGAAACAGCGAAACCUGCGGCUCAGAAAGCCUCGGGUGCUUCCACUUCCAAGACACAUGCCAAGUCCAGAAAGACACAAAGGGGCUUAAUCUAA